AUGCCACACGUAGACAGCAUCCCCUCCACCUACAUCCCCGGCCGCCUCGACGGCAAAGUCGCCCUCGUCACCGGCUCCGGCCGCGGCAUCGGCGCAGCCGUAGCCACGCAUCUAGGGCGUCUGGGCGCCAAAGUCGUCGUCAACUACGCCAACUCGACCAAAGACGCCGAGAAAGUAGUCUCAGAGAUCAAAGCCCUGGGCAGCGACGCCAUCGCUAUCAAGGCCGACAUCCGCCAAGUCGCAGACAUUGUGCGCCUCUUUGACGAAGCCGUCGCGCACUUUGGCCACCUCGACAUCGCCGUCAGUAACUCGGGAGUCGUGAGCUUCGGACACCUGAAAGAUGUCACCGAAGAGGAAUUCGACCGCGUCUUCAGCCUCAACACGCGUGGCCAGUUCUUCGUCGCCCGCGAGGCAUACCGCCAUUUGACUGAGGGCGGUCGCAUCAUUCUCACUUCCUCAAACACCUCCCGUGACUUUAGCGUGCCGAAGCACUCGCUGUACUCUGGGUCCAAGGGUGCCAUCGACUCUUUUGUCCGCAUCUUCUCCAAGGACUGCGGCGAUAAGAAGAUUACGGUUAAUGCGGUUGCCCCUGGAGGUACGGUGACGGAUAUGUUUCAUGAGGUUUCGCAUCAUUAUAUUCCGAAUGGGCUGCAGUAUACAGCGGAGCAGCGUCAGGAGAUGGCCGCGCAUGCGUCGCCGUUGCACAGGAAUGGGUUCCCGCAGGAUGUGGCGAAUGUGGUUGGUUUCCUAGUUAGCAAAGAGGGCGAGUGGGUUAAUGGCAAGGUUCUUACGCUGGAUGGUGGUGCUGCAUAG